UAACUUUGUUUGAAGAUCCAAAACCAAAGCCUUACAUGCAAAGAUACCUUAACUUAGUCAUUAAAAUUCCUUCAAAAGCAACAAAGCUUUUAUACCUGACAAAAAAGCUUCCUUUUUUCUUGUGCUUCUUCAAAUAAAAAGUUUGAAUUUUUUAUCUGAUCUUUGAAAUAGCUUCAAUAUAAGGCUCCAUUACACAAAGAAAGAAUGGAUAUGCUUAAGCAAAUGAGGGUGAAAUUUACCGGUAUAGGAGAAGAAGAGAAAGGAAGCAGCAGCAGCAGUACAAGAGAUAGAACAAUACCACCACAGAAAACUCAACCUUUAAAAGACACGAAAAGAUUACCUAGCUGGUUGCACAAACAGUUUAUAAGGACAAUGAGUCGUGAUUAUGAUUCCAGUGAUAGCGUUGACUAUCCAGCUGCGGUGGCUGCAGCUGCAUUUGCUGUAACAUCAAUUGAAGAAAAGAGCGAAUAUGACCACAGAAGGACAAAUAGUGGAGGUGAUAAAACUUUGACAAAGAUCAAAAGUAAAGCAGAGGAUAAUGAUAAGAAACCUGAAAAGCUUUCAGAUGAAGCUUCAAAAUCAAGUUCAAAACUUCCAUAUAAAAGUGAUCCAAUAAGGUCAACAACAAUCAAUCCAGAGCCAGUUAAAUCUGUGCCAUCUAUUAAAAAGAAACCAACUUUUGGAGAUAGCAAACCUGAAAGUGAAGUUGUUGAAAAGGCCAAAAAAGCUCCAUCCUUUAGGAAAAUGCCAACGUUUGGAGAUAGCAAACCUGAAAGCGAAGUUGCUGAAAAGGCCAAAAAAGCUCCAUCCAUUAAGAAAACACCAACGUUUGGAGAUAGCAAACCUGAAAGUGAAGUUGCUGAAAAGGUCAAAAGAGCUCCAUCUAUGAAGAGAGCAUCUACAUUUCCAGACCAAAGCAUCGAUAUCAGACCUCCCAAGGCUCCUGAAGUUCCUGUUUCCGCUCCUGCUGUUCCGCCAACUAGGCAAUCUUCAUCACAACCAGGCAUGGCUAAAGCGCCAAAUACAAUAAAGCCUGCAAGUGGAAAUUCUCAGGCAGAUAUUUGGGAGAAAGAAGAAAUGGAGAAGAUCAGAAUAAGGUACAAGAAGCUCAUAAAUGAGAUUGUGGACUGGGAGACAAAGAAGAAGAAGAAAGCAAAGCGCGACUUGGAGAAAGUGGAGGCUGAACUAUUAUCAAAUGAAAAAAUGAAAUUACAGGCUGAAUUAGACAGGCGUAGGGCAAAAGCCAGGAAACAUUUCAACGAUGAGGUUGGAAGGAUUGAAGGCAUUGCAGGAGGGGCCAAAGAACAAGCAGAUCAACAUCGAAAGAACGAAGAGCUAAAGGUGAUAGAGAAGGCAAAUAAGAUCAGAGUCACUGGAAAAAUGCCAUCAACUUGUUCAUGCUUUUAAAAGUACCAUUCAUAAGAAAUCUGUAAAAAAUGUAAAUUGGUAGAUCCAACUUUAACUAAAUUUGUUGGAAAAACAUGUAAAUAUACUAAGGCACAAUACUCGCCGUGUAUAAGCUUUCAUAAGAUUAUCACAAAUCACUAGUGAUGUCAAGUUUUAAUCCUUCGGAGGGAAAUAAAUCUAUCUCAAUACAGUUAUAGUAGAAAGAGCAACCCCAUGAUAUCAUUCAUCCAUUAACAAUAGCAGAUACAAACUUUGAAGGAAUAUUAACCUUAACAUCCACAAAAACCAACAACUAUUUACACCAUCUCUUGAUAUGAAAGCUAAGAUCAAACUGAUGAGACAUUGUUUACUAGUGCAAACAGUACUAUGUAUUACAUCCUCGAAACUCUAAGAAAUAAUUCUCAAACAAA